AUGGUCAGUGGAAAUAAAAGCCCGAGCGAUCCCAUGAAAAUUCCACCGAAAAAUCGCGAAAAGAAGACCAACAAUUACAAAAGAGCAAAUGUUUUUUCGAAGACUUGGUUCAUGUGGAUGAUGCCGACGUUCUGGCGGGGCUACAAGAGGGACCUCUAUGACUCCGAUCUCACAAAACCUAAAGAAAACCAUCACUCUGAUAAACUCGGCGAUCGUUUGGAAAAGAAAUGGCUAGAAGAAAUCGCUUUAGCAAGCAAACAGGGACGAAAACCAUCUCUUCUGCGUGCAAUGACCAAGGCGUUCUGGUUGAGUUAUGCUCCUUCCGGUGUCAUGUUCCUGAUACAGGCUCUCAUCCUCAAACCUUUCCAGCCUGUAGCAUUGAGUAUGAUGCUAUCGUACUGGGAACCAGGCUCCACUAUGACUUACCAACAAGCCAUAUACUGCGCAUCGGCCGUCAUCUUCAUGUCAUUAAUGAUUGCUUUCCUGAACCAUCACGGUACCUACUCCACUCAACAGUUUGGAAUGAAAGUGCGCAUUGCUGCGUGUUCACUCAUUUAUAGAAAGGUAAUGCGAAUGAGCUCUGGAGCUUUAGCCCAGACCACCGCUGGACAAGUGGUAAAUCUUUUGUCGAACGACGUGAACCGGUUUGACUACGCAUUCAUCUACACUCACUUCAUCUGGCUGCUUCCUCUACAAGUGGUUUUAGUCUGCUAUCUAAUUUAUCUCAAGAUCGGUUAUGCAGCAAUCGUGGGAGUCAUCGGCAUUGUGCUGCAGACUAUACCUGUUCAAUCUUAUAUGAGUAAACUAGCAGCAAGACUAAGAAUGAAGACAGCUUGCAAAACAGAUGAAAGAGUUCGAAUAAUGGACGAAAUUAUUAACGGAAUGCAGGUCAUCAAAAUGUAUGCUUGGGAAAAACCAUUUGAACAGGUGGUAGCCAUGGCCCGCAAGAAUGAGAUUAACUGCAUCACGUCUGCUUCUUACCUUCGAGGUGUUUACCUCAGUUUCAUGGUGUUCACAGAGAGAUUGACCCUGUACAUAACUCUGCUUUCAUACUCUUUAUUUGGUUUUCAAGUGACAGCGGAUAUUGUUUUUCCUUUGGCGCAAUUCUACAAUACACUACAAGGCACUUUAUCGAUAAUAAUGUCGAAUGCCGUAUCGUUUUUGGCAGAGGCGCUGAUAUCUGUACAACGCCUCGAGGCGUUCAUGUUAUUGGAUGAACGAGAAGAUCUUCGCAGUGUAGCCGGAGUAGAUAUCGCAAAACUUGUAGAAAAAGUGGACAAUAAGAAAAUUAAAAACUUGAGUGAAUUGGAUCUCUGCCCGAACACAUUCAAAAAAAUUGAUGAAGAUGGCAUUUACAAUCCAGGUUUUGACUGCAAUGAAAAAGGAUUGAUUGCCCCAUCACAACGCUCUAUACCUGUUAAUUCUGACGAUGGCAUCAUUAUCCAAGAUGUAUCUGCUCAUUGGAUAGAAAAUGGUCCUGUGACAUUACGUCACAUUAACAUAAACGUCCCUAAAGGAAAACUCUGCGCCAUCAUUGGUUCAGUUGGAUCUGGGAAAAGCUCAAUUUUGCAGUUACUAUUAAAUGAAUUACGUGCGACAAGCGGCCGAAUAUACCUUUCUGGCCCCUUGUCCUAUGCUUGCCAAGAACCUUGGUUGUUCGUCGCUACUGUUCGGCAAAACAUAUUAUUUGGCUUACCUUACAAUCCUAAAAAAUACAAAGAGGUUGUAAGAGUCUGUGCACUACAAAAAGAUUUCCAACAGUUCCCUCACGGAGAUCAAACGCUAGUUGGAGAGAGGGGUGCCUCUCUAUCUGGUGGUCAAAGAGCACGUAUUAAUUUAGCAAGGGCAGUAUACAGACAAGCAGAUAUAUAUCUUUUAGACGAUCCUCUAUCUGCUGUAGAUGCACAUGUUGGUCGUCAAUUAUUUGACGAAUGCAUAAACGGAUAUCUACGUCACACAACGCGCAUACUUGUUACUCACCAGUUACAUUAUCUUAAGGCAGCCGACUACAUAAUUAUUAUGAACAACGGAUCAAUUGAGGCCAAAGGCACGUUUAAUGAAUUGAUGUAUUCGGGUAAAGAUUUCGCCAAAUUGUUAUCGGCAAGUCAGGAAGACGAUACCAAAGCUGACGCAGAGAAACCUCCCCCAAUGUCGAGAAGAACUUCCGCCAGACUGUCCACGACGAGACGACCAUCAUUAACUGAAUCAACAACUGGUUGUGAAAUCCCAGCUCAAGAAAUGGAAGAAGAAGAGAGAGAAUCGGGCUCUAUGGGAUGGCAUGUCUAUGGUGCAUAUCUCAGAGCUGGAGGAAAAACUGGUCGCCUGUUGUUUAUGGUCAUUCUUCUCAUAAUUGGGCAACUAUCAGCUACGCUGUGUGACUAUUGGGUGACUUUCUGGACCAAUGAAGUUACACGUUUAAAAGAACGGGAAACCAAUAGCACAAACAAAGAUUACAAUGCAGUUGAAGCUCCUGUAAACAGCACAUUCAGUUUCACAAGUUACUUUUCAGGAAUUAAAGCAGAAUCGAAUUUGAACAUUCAUGCCUACAUUGGGCCAUUGGACACCUCUCAGUACUUGUACGUGUAUACGGCGUUGAUUAUUUGCUGUAUAUUCUUCAUAACAGCCAGAGCCUUCAUGUUCUUCAAAGUUUGCAUGACUGCAUCCCGCAACCUUCAUAACGACAUGUUCCACUCUAUGCUUCGUGGUGUUAUGCGUUUUUUCGAUGCCAAUUCAUCAGGGCGUAUUUUAAAUCGCUUUUCAAAAGACAUCGGUGCUUUAGAUGAACUUCUGCCACGUUUCCUAUUAGAAUGCAUUCAGAUUUACCUUGUGAUGUUCAGUAUAUUAGCAUUGAAUGCUGCUGCGUUGGUCUGGACUCUGCUACCGACAACUAUUAUCCUUCUUUUGUUCUAUAUUAUUCUGCAGAUUUAUUUGAAGUCGGCACAGUCCAUCAAACGGUUGGAGGGUACUACUAGGAGUCCCGUAUUUUCUCACAUGUCGGCUACGCUUAAUGGCAUAAGCACUAUUAGAUCUUCUGGAGCACAGCAAAGGUUGAUUCAGGAAUUUGACAAAUUUCAAGAUAUACACACGUCUACAUGGAGUAGCUAUCUGGCAAGCGGGGUCACUCUCGGGUUUUGGUUAGAUUUCAUAUGUGUUCUUUAUUUGGCCAUCGUCAUUGUUGCCUUCCUCGUUAUUGACAGCAAAACAAUUUUCUCUGGCAAUGUGGGUCUAGCUAUUUCCCAAACGUUGAUUCUUACUGGAAUGCUGCAAUUUGGCGUCCGACAGACUGCCGAAGUUAUUUCACAAAUGACAAGUGUAGAAAGAAUCCUACAAUAUACCCACAUUGAACGAGAACCGCAGUGGGAAAAAGGAGCUCAAGAGACACCUAAAGGCUGGCCCUUAAGAGGUCAAAUUGAAUUCCGAAAUUGCUACAUGAAAUACACGCCAGAAGACUUGCCAAUAUUGAAAAAUUUAAAUUUGGUUCUGGAAAGUGGUUGGAAAGUUGGUAUCGUUGGCAGAACAGGUGCAGGCAAAUCUUCACUAAUUUCCUCAUUAUUUCGUCUAGCAAUUGUUGAAGGAGAAAUACUUAUUGACGGAGUUGAUACUGGAAAUUUGGCUCUGCAGGAAUUAAGGUCAAAGAUAUCAAUCAUUCCACAAGAACCAGUUCUAUUUUCAGCAACGAUACGGUACAAUCUGGAUCCAUUUGAUUGUUACGAUGACGAACAAUUAUGGAGAGCUCUUGAAGCUGUUGACUUAAAAUCUGCCAUACCUUCACUGGACUUCAAAGUCUCUGAAGGUGGAUCAAACUUCUCACUUGGUCAAAGGCAAUUGGUUUGUCUUGCUCGUGCUAUCCUGCGCGGUAACCGUAUUCUUGUAUUGGAUGAGGCUACAGCUAAUGUAGAUCCCAAGACGGAUGAGUUUAUACAAAGAACAAUUAGAAAACGAUUCGCUGAUUGCACUGUACUGACUGUAGCACAUCGAUUAAAUACUAUUAUGGAUUCAGAUCGUGUGAUGGUAAUGGACGCAGGACGGCUUGUUGAAUUCGAUCACCCAUACAAAUUGUUAAACAAUCCAGAAGGUCACUUCACAAAAAUGGUAAAAGAAACCAGUGAAAAAAUGUCUGCACAGCUUUACCAAAUUGCAAAGAAAACAUUCAUUGACAGCGGCGGUGUUGUAGAAUAGUGCAUUUAGUAAAAGUAAUAAUGUAACAUGUAAUUUAAGUGACCUUAAUUAUAUUGAAAUCUGCAGUUAGGUACUUAUCAUCAUACAUUUAUUUAACCAAACUGCGCUCCAUUAGUUAUAGAAAAUGAAUAUUCGAUGCCAUGUCUGUUAAGAAUUAGGCUAGUUUUCUAUAAAUGUUGUUGUAUAGUUUAGGUGAAAAUAGACAUGAAUAACACAUAUUAUUCGCUGCUUUGUGUGAAGUGCAGAAUUCGAGAUGCGUGUUUUUGAAUAAUAGUAAGGUUACCUGUUGCUCCUGCGACAUUUUGUGAUGAGAUUGUAAAUAGUAAUUUUAGACCCCAAAGUAUUUCCGAUAUUAUUAUUAUUAUAUUUCAAUUAAUCUAAGAAAUGUGUUAUCAAUUCGUAAAUACUUUUUAUAGGUGUAGGUACAUAGUCCGAUUUUUGUGGUAUAUAGACAUAUUUGCAGCCCAGCCGCCAAUAGAAAUCGUAUGUCAUUAUACAUUUUAUAUUGUAUCGAUCAUUAUCUAUAAUUAAUUUUGUACAUAGCAGAGGCAUUAUUUACAGCCCCCGUAUAUAUUAUACUAGUAAGACUAUUCUGGCUUCUCUUCAAUCCAUUUAAAAAGCAUCUCAGUUAAAAUAUUCUUCUUCUUUAAUACUAUGUAGGUAUUUAAUUUAUUUUUACGUUCUGUUAAGUUUAAGUUUAUUAUUUUUAAUUGGAGAAUGAUUAUUGUGAUUGCCAUAGAGGUCAACCUCGUAAAUAAAAUUAAGCUGUACAAUGGA